AUGGAGGUUCUGUACACAGGAAGUACAGAACAGGACAACGACACUGUGUACACAGGAAGUACAGAACAGUACAACGCGGCACUGUACAUAGGAAGUACAGAACAGGACAACGACACUGUGUACACAGGAAGUACAGAACAGUACAACGACACUCUGAACACAAGAAGUACAGAACAGUACAACGAGGCACUUUUCACAGGAAGAAGUACAGAACAGGACAACGACACUGUGUACACAGGAAGUACAGAACAGUACAACGAAACUCUGAACACAAGAAGUACAGAACACUACAACGCGGCACUGUACACUGGAAGUACAGAACAGGACAACGACACUGUGUACGACAACGACACUGUGUACACAGGAAGUACAGAACAGUACAACGACACUCUGAACACAAGAAGUACAGAACAGUACAACGAGGCACUGUACAUAGGAAGUACAGAACAGGACAACGACACUGUGUACACAGGAAGUACAGAACAGUACAACGAAACUCUGAACACAAGAAGUACAGAACACUACAACGCGGCACUCUACACAGGAAGUACAGAACAGGACAACGACACUGUGUACGACAACGACACUGUGUACACAGGAAGUACAGAACAGUACAACGACACUCUGAACACAAGAAGUACAGAACAGUACAACGAGGCACUGUACAUAGGAAGUACAGAACAGUACAACGCGGCACUGUACACAGGAAGUACAGAACAGUACAACGCGGCACUGUACAUAGGAAGUACAGAACAGGACAACGACACUGUGUACACAGGAAGUACAGAACAGUACAACGACACUCUGAACACAAGAAGUACAGAACAGUACAACGAGGCACUGUACACAGGAAGUACAGAACAGUACAACGCGGCACUGUACAUAGGAAGUACAGAACAGGACAACGACACUGUGUACACAGGAAGUACAGAACAGUACAACGACACUCUGAACACAAGAAGUACAGAACAGUACAACGAGGCACUGUACACAGGAAGAAGUACAGAACAGUACAACGAAACUCUGAACACAAGAAGUACAGAACAGUACAACGCGGCACUGUACAUAGGAAGUGCAGAACAGGACAACGACACUGUGUACACAGGAAGUACAGAACAGUACAACGAAACUCUGAACACAAGAAGUACAGAACACUACAACGCGGCACUCUACACAGGAAGUACAGAACAGGACAACGACACUGUGUACGACAACGACACUGUGUACACAGGAAGUACAGAACAGUACAACGACACUCUGAACACAGGAAGUACAGAACAGUACAACGAGGCACUGUACACAGGAAGUACAGAAGAGUAG